AUGAUGGUGGAACAUCAUCGGAGAAUUGAUUCUGAUCAAAAAAUGGAACCAAAAAAAGUGGAAUUGGAGGAUGAAACGGGAGAGGAAAGAGCAAAAAGAGUUUGGAAAAUGGCGGAUUGUGUUUGCUUUGACGUGGAUUCGACGGUUUGUCGGGACGAAGCAAUCGAUGAAUUGGCGAAUUUCCUCGGCGUUGUCUACUUGGUGUCUGGGGGUUUCCGAAGUCUCAUUGAACCGGUGGCUGAUUGUUUGAAGAUUUCACGCACAAAAAUCUAUGCAAAUGUGCUACUUUUCAACGAGGAUGGAUCGUAUUCGGGGUUUGAUGAAAACGAGUUGACUUCAGAUUCGGGAAGUAAAGAGAUAGGCAAGCCUGGCGUGUGUGCACUUCUCAAGAAAAAAUAUGGAUACGAGAAUUUGGUGAUGAUUGGCGAUGGAGCGACUGAUUAUGAAGCAUUCCCGCCUGCGGAUGCCUUCAUCGGAUUCGGGGGAAAUCAAAUUCGAGAAAACGUUCGCACAAAUGCCCCCUGGUACGUUUACGACUUCGAGGUUUUGCGACGAGAAUUAGAAGAC